ACCGAUUUCAGGUAGUACGUUACGUGUGGUCAGGCUGGGUGGAUUGUAUUGGAAAUCGCGUAUUUUCUUUAGAAAAUCCUCUGUGGUUUUGUUUGAUUUAUUCAAUAGAUAGAAAUUUGUCUCCAAUCCAAUGAAUUUAGCAUCCAUUGAUAAUAUCAUACGUGUGGCUCGACUUCAGACAUCAUCAAAUGACUCGAGUUAUCAGAAUUUUUUGGAUCGUUUGGUUUUACCUGGGAUGGUUUUUGAAUUAUCUGGACCUUAUGAUGGGCCUGUAUCAUGGUCUAUUGGUCCAGGUCUUGUUUGUGUGCCGAUGUCUAGGAGGAAACCUGGAGUGGGAAAAAACAAAAUGGUGGAUUCGAUUUUAGUAAGACAGUUCGGAAUCUUAAAAUUCAAGUGUAAGAAGUUGGAAGGAACAGACUCAACGGAUACAAUCAAGCGUUUUAAACUCGGAAAUUCAUCGAGUGAUUCGAGAUCAGAAAAUUUCAUUUGGGUAGAAUGCCUUGUGUCUACUGGUUCAGUAACUACAUUACUUCCACUUACUCGUCUCUCAUACCGUUGUCAUGUGGGACAGUUCCAACCAGAAGAUAAGGUUAUUGGUGUUGUAAUGAAAAAAGCUGGUGAAUCGUUUGUAGUUGAUAUAGGUUGUGCUUCUCCGGCUAUUCUCAAUUACUUAUCAUUCGAAGGUUCUUCUAAAAAGAAUCGUCCUGACAUUCAUGCAGGUGAUGUUCUUUAUACCAUGAUUACACGAGCCGACAGAGAUUUAGAAAUUGAAUUGUCAUGUGUUGAUGAGGCGGGGAAAGCUUGUGGAAUGGGUAUCCUUGGUCGUCAUGACCCUGGAACUGUUGGUAAUGCUGGAGGUCGGUCUGGUGGUAUACUAUUACACUGUACGCAAGAUUUGGUCAGGCGGUUAGGCAAUCAAGAUGAAUUCCCUUUAUUAAAACUUUUAUCUAAGGUGUAUCCUUUUGAAAUAUUCUUAGGUGCAAAUGGACGAAUAUGGUUAACAGCUGGUUCUGCUAGAGAAAUAAUGAUAUUAGCCAAUGCAAUAGCUAUUACUGAACAUAUAUCAACUAAUGAAUGUUGUCAAUUAGCUAAAGAACUUUGUUAAGUCUUGUUACAUUUUAAUAACACGUCUUUUGUUUUUCUUUAAAUUAAAUUUGAAUAUUGUACAUAUUUAUUGAUAUUGUACAUUUGUAAGUCUAUUUUGUAUCUAAUAGAUUAAAGUUUACUUUGUUUUUUUU